GAAGAAAGAAUUGUGCUAGAGUCUAUAUAUACAUCUGACGAGAUAAGUAUUACAGAUGAAUACAAAAUACGGUUUAGGUUAGGAACCUCUGGAGAACUUGAAUCUUUCGUUGUCAAUAUAACUUGGCCUUUGGAUUAUCCAUCCAUUCCUCCUAUAAUCGAUUUUAACGAGUUUUGUAAUCGAAACAUGCCUCGUGAACUACAGCAAUCCAUAAUAAGCGAACUUAAUGAAAUAUCCUCUCAAAAUGUGGGAGAGUCUCACACAUUUCUUUUGAUUGAACAUCUUAGAGAUAACUUUGCAAAGUACGCUCAACAGAUAAGAGAUACCAAAAAGCGACCUAAAGAGCAAGUAUUGGAAACAAUUGUUGGCGAAGAUACAAAGGAAAAAAAGGUUAGGAAAGAUGCCGCUUUGACGAAAGCUCAGAAAAGAAAGCAGAUAAAUCGUUUGGACUCGGAUGGCAAUCUGCCACGAGGAUGGAAUUGGGUAGAUGUUAUUAAACAUCUCCGUCAGACAGGAGUUCAGCCUAAUUUGUCUUCUUAG